GUUAGGUUAGGUUAGGGUUAGGAUUAGGUUUAGGAUUAAAGUUAGGGUUAGGGUUACAGAUAGGUUAGGGUUAGGUUUAAGCUUAGGUUAAAGAUAGGGUUAGGGUUAGUAAUUUUUCAUGUUUAUACAGACGCUUUUUAAAAUGCGGUUACGUUUAUCUGACCCCGUCUGUAAAUGCUUAAAAUGCUUUCCAUAGCCGCAAGUAUUUAAAUGAAUAUAAAGCAUUGCUUUGAGCGCAAACAAACUUAACACCUUUACCUUUUUUUGUUUGAUUUAAUAUUGCGUUAAAAAUAAGUUUUUACUAUAAGGAUUUUAUUUAACACUGCAUUAGCUAACAAUAAAUAAUACAACUACAGCAUUUAUUAAUUUUAGUUCUACAUUUGUUAAUGCACUAAUGCGUUAUUUUAAAGAGCUAACAUUAACAAAGGUUCAAAAAUGAUGUACGUUUCUCAUAGUUUGUGUUAACUGUUGUAAUGCAUUAAAAUAGAGCUAGCAUAAUUAUUUCUGAUUGUUUUGGGUUUUUUUUUUUUUUUUUUUUCCAUGAUUUCAAAAUAAUAAAAAUGUACACUGAUAAAUGAUCUUAGGUUAAAUAAAGGUCAACAUAGUACUUUGAUCAUUGUCAUGUGCAAGAUUAAUUGGAGUGAACAAAUUUGGAGAAGGUUAGCAUUACAAUCACUCGCUCGCCUGUAGAUCCUCUGCAGUGAAUGGUUGCCGUCAGUCCAAACAGCAGCUAAAAACAUCCCAAUAAUCCACACCACUCCAGUCUGUCGAGCUUUUCGUGUCUUAAGUGAAAAGCUGUAUGCUUGUAGCAAACACCCGUUAUUCUGAUGGCACCCAUUUACUACAGAGGAUCUAUUGGUGUUCGAGUGAUGUAAAUCUCCACAAAACAAACCCAUCUUGAUCUUGGAUGGCCCAAAGUCGAGUAACUCUUGUGAGUGAACUAUUUCUUCAAUACAUACACUGUAAAAAAAAUUUAGACCUCCCAACUUCAAAUUUUGUAGUGACUAGGGCAGUGCAGAAAUUCAAUUGGGUCAAAAUAUUGAAUUAAGAGUUUUUUUAACAGCGUGUUAUUAUUAAUAAAGAGAUCUAAUGAAGUCUUUUCUAAGGCAGUUGUUUUCUGCUUCUUCAUACCUCUUUGGUUCAUGCCCCAACUAGUCAGCAAGUGGAGCUGGAUCCCAUCCAGUCCUGCCUGCAGAGUUCACUGACUUGUAUUUAGGUUAUGUUUGUCGUGAAACUCAAGAUAGCGUAUUCUUUAAAGAUUCUGUCCCGCGUAAUAGCAUUUUUCCUCAGCAGUUAAGCCCGAAUCCUUAGUUUUUAGUGUGUGUGCUCCGCUGGAUGGCAGUCCAGUCACUCGGACCGUAUGAUUUCACGUUCCCUCUGUACUUGAAAGCAAAAACACAGAGGGCUCACCCCACAAAAACAUCCCAGGAUUGCACAAUCCCUCCCUCUUUUCUGUGGCUCCCUCAUGCGCGCCGCUUCAGACUCGACACGUCCACCGCUGCUUACAUUCCUCUGACGUUUUGGGCUUUUCGACUUCCUAACCUAAAGAUAAACCGAUUUUUCUGGAUUGCGCAGAGAUGGCUGCGUUUCUGUUCCUCGUCCUGGUCAGCGCCGGAGUCUUUCUGGACAUAACAGAGGCUCAGCAGGAUCUCGGCAAGCUUCCCGACAACUACAGAAAAGGCGUUGAAAUGGCCGUAGAACGAGUCAACUCAUACGAGGCAAUUAAAAGCGUUUUUCUCUUCUUCAAGAGUUUGGACAAAUCUGCCAUUGAUGGUGGGUUUGGCGUUAGUUAUCUCUUCCAUCACUUUUACCUCAAAGCAACCAGGUGCCCUAAAGGAGCUGCGAACCCGACUCAAUGUGCUUUCAGGCACGACCGACCUCUGAUUGACUGUGGCAUCUGCUAUAAGAUUCACGAUGGAGAGAUCCAGAGAGACCCGCUGCCUUACGUUCACUGUAUUCACAAACCGCAGCUCACGCAGGACUUGUUGAAAAGCAGAGCUGAACACUGCAGUGCAAUGAGCUACGCUAAUGGAUCUCCAUCUCUCCUGGCGUCAAAAAAUCCAUAGCGGAUUAAAUGAUCACGCAUGCUUAAUGUUACUGUUAAUAAUUUUAUAAAUUCAUUAAUAGGUAGAAUACCUUUGCACUGUUCUUUCGUAUCUUCUCUGUGCACGUAAAACUAGUGUCAGAUAUUAUGAGUAUCGCUGUUUGUUUAACAUCGUUUAUUCAUUAAAAUGGUAAUUAUUUUCAA